AUGGGCAACACCAGCAUCACCGAGGGCAAGACCGCCCUGGCUGUGGGAAGCACAUCCAUUGCCAGGGGGAAGACCACCGUCGCCAUGGGGAACUCCUCCAUCUUCCGCGGAGUGACCACCACCUCCAUGGGUGACUCCACAAUCCAGAGACAGAAGACCACCGUGGCUCUAGGACGGGCCAGCUUCAGCCGAGGGACCACCACCACCUCCUUCCGCAAAGCGCUCAUGCCCAAACGCAGGAACACCUAGAUGGAGCAGACCC